AUGGACUAUAGAGACGACGAAUACAACUACCGGAAUCAAACCGGGGGUUAUCGUGGGAACCGUGGAGGUGGAUAUAGCCAUCGUGGCGGAUCUGAACGUGGUGGUGGGAACUACUAUUCAAGAGGAGGCUCUAGAGGAGGAGGAGGAAGUCACCACCUGGACAAUAGGUACCAAGGAGGUUAUAGAGAUAGAAGUAAUUCACAACAAUCAACGGGAGGACAUUCUGGACCAAAUAGCUCUUCAUGGCUGACUCGUGGAGGUAGUCACCACUAUAACAAUAACCAUGGUCAUACCAAUUACAAUCAAGGUUAUAAUAGCCACACAGCUCCAUCUUCUGCUAAUAGUAAUUACAGGGGUAAUAGACAAUAUGAUUAUGACCUGUACAAUUCAAAUGGCGAAAAUAGAGACAAGUACGAGAAUCGUAGAGUUGAAGAGAGAAGACCUUCAAGUCAUGAUAGAAGACCUUCAGGAUUAGAUAGAAGAACUUCAGGACAUGGAGGAAGCCCUGCUCAACAAUCAAAUACAUCAUACACUAGUCGACACACACCUUGGGUUCAUAUUUUACAAAUUAAAGAUAAAUCAAUAGCUAAAACCAUUGACACACGCCAAGAAGAACUUGAUAAUAUAGAUAAGGAAUUACUUGCACUUAAUCAAGCUAGAUUGAAACUUGAAUCUUCUUUAGAUAAUUUGGAAAGAAGUUCAAAAAUACAGGAAUUACAAGUGCAAAUUACUAAUGAAAAACUUGAAGAAUUUGCUUACUUGUAA